UCGAGGGAUAUUACGCGUUUUUUAUCCGACUUAAUUAGAAAUUGAUUAGUACGAGGGCAUUUACAAUACUUCACGAUCGCAAUCGCGUUGUGCUACAAAAUUCGAAUAAGGUAACCGCUACGUUUUACUUUUAUUCGGCGUAAAAAGAUGCACAAUCGAGAGAACUGCCUAUUCUCGAUUGUAGUUUUAAAGUUUCGGAAAAAAAACGUCUUUUUCCGGCUCGUGGCGUCAUUAGACUCGGCCGUAGACGUAGAGGUACGCAACGUACGAGAAUACCAAAACAAUAGACGAGAAAUUGCCAGUGUCAGUGUCACGACGGAGCAGCCAGGGAGUUGGAUCGAGAAGCCAGAAUGGAGGGCGCAGGAUUUCACGAUACAGGCAUCGGUGUAUUUCAAGAUUCCGCUCCCGAAGUUGACGAACGACCCCGCCGGUAAAACAAGCGUGGCGGAGGAGCAGGGGGGAGGGGAGGGGGAGCUCGCCGGCGGUUCGCACGGAUCUAAUGAUCUUCGGACUGUGCACGCGACGGGCGAUUGGCAGAAUGACGUCAGCGUCACGUAUGUUACCCCCGUCAACGGAACAAACUUUAGUUACGUCGGUGUCUACGUUAUUCCCCGCGAGAAUACGAAGAAGAUACUUGUAAUCCCGUCUCUAAUAGAACACGAAGCCGACACUACGGUUAAUUGGAUUAUUUCGUAUAAAGGCUCGAGGGAAGGCGGAAAAGUUACUUCGAAGACUCGAAUUGCGCGCGCGCGCGUAUGUGUGUGUGCGUGUGUGCUGCUGUGUGCGCGCUCAUCGGAGCGGUUCUCAUCAUCGCUCGCACCGGGGAGCGAGAGACACUCGUCGUUCCCCGCGAAGACUCGCGCGUAGAAUCGCCGCCGCACGAUGAUGAACGCAACGAUGGAUAUGAUCGAUCUCUUCGAAAACCUCACGCACAACCACUCGAUGAUAUCGCCGAACUGCGAGGCCAACCUGCCGAUCAUCGCGCUGGUCAAUCAGGUGCUCUACUCCAUCGUCUGCGUGGUCGGCCUGCUCGGCAACACCCUGGUCAUCUACGUGGUGCUGCGCUUCUCGAAGAUGCAGACGGUGACGAAUAUGUACAUCGUGAACCUCGCGAUCGCGGACGAGUGCUUCCUGAUCGGCAUACCGUUCCUGGUGACGACCAUCAGCCUGCGCAGCUGGAUCUUCGGCAAGAUCAUGUGCAAGGUGUACAUGAUCACGACGAGCAUCAACCAGUUCACCAGCAGCAUCUUCCUCUUCAUCAUGAGCGCCGACCGUUACGUCGCGGUGUGCCACCCGAUCUCGUCGCCGAAGAUACGCACGCCCUUCAUCUCCAGAGUGGUGUCCCUGAGCGCCUGGGCGACCAGCGCGCUCUUCAUGGUGCCCGUGUUCCUCUACGCGAACGCGAUGGAGUCCCUGGAGGGCGUGGUCAGCUGUAACAUUUACUGGCCGGACAAUCACGGCGGCCAGACCACCUUCAUCCUCUACACCUUCAUCCUCGGCUUCGCCGUGCCGCUGAUACUCAUACUGAACUUCUACUUCCUGGUGAUCAGGAAGCUACGGACGGUCGGGCCGAAGAACAAGUCGAAGGAGAAGAAACGCUCGCACCGGAAAGUCACCAAGCUGGUGCUGACGGUCAUCACCGUCUACGUGUUCUGUUGGCUGCCCUACUGGGUCACCCAGGUAGCGCUGAUCUACACACCGCCCAAGCAAUGCCAGAGCAGCAUCAGCAUCACCAGCUUCCUGCUGGCCGGCUUCCUAAGUUACAGCAACAGCGCGAUGAAUCCGAUUCUCUACGCCUUCCUCAGCGACAACUUCAAGAAGAGCUUCCUCAAGGCGUGCACCUGCGCCGCCGGUAAGGACGUGAACGCGGCGCUGCACAUCGAGAACAGCGUGUUCCCGCGCAGGAACAAGGCGGGCAACGUCGACAGGCUGCAGCCGAGCCGGAUCGUCACGUCCGGCCAGUCCAGGCUGGAGCUCGAGGACGAGGACGCGGAGAGAGGGCUGCUCAUCAGCAAGACCUCCACCACCACCGUGACCAUGACGUCGCGAUCCAACAUCACGGUCAGCAGCGAGCCCAGGGACCCGGCGCAGCGGGAUAAGGAUCUGAUCAAGAACGGCGCCCAGUUGACUCUGUUGACGCAGGUUUAAAGACCUCCCCCAUACUUACCUCCGCUGGUCGAGCC